AUGAAACUCGUUCUAAAGCGUUACAGCAAAACCCGAGUCUCAGAGAGUAAGUUGAAGAAAAAGAUGACUCGGCCAAAGGAUGACAGGGCAAUAGACCUGGUUAGUCCAUUGCUGAAUGACAUCGCUGAUGCUUUGUUGAAAAGCUCAACUAUCGGUGUUUUCAUAGUUGCUGCAGAGGAUACUUACUAUGUCGUCAAAAGAGGAAAUAACUUACAAGACAUCAUGGAGACAAAGCACUUCCUUGCGAGUCAUUUCAAGCUCAAAGAUAUGGGUCAGUUAAGGUACUUCCUUGGAAUAGAGGUGGCAAGGUCCAAGCAAGGCAUUGUUUUAUGCCAACGAAAGUAUGCAUUAGAGGUCCUUGAAGAUGCAGGCUUCCUAGGCGCUAAACCAUCUCGAUUCCCAAUUGAUCAGAACUUGGUGCUAACGCAAGGUGAAGGGGUCGUUUUAAAGGAUGCCUCUCAGUAUCGCAGAUUAGUUGGAAGGCUCAUAUACCUCACAGUCAAGAGACCAGACCUCGUGUAUGCUGUACAUAUCCUAAGUCAAUUUAUGGAUAACCCUAGACAACCUCAUCUAGAUGCAGCUUACAAGGUGUUGAGAUAUGUUAAGCAGACACCAGGACAAGGAAUACUUUUGCCUUUCACCGGACAAUUAGAGAUCAAGUCGUAUUGUGAUGUAGAUUGGGCACGUUGCAAGGACACAAGAAGAUCAACUACUGGCUACUGUAUUUUCUUCGGCAACGCACCCAUCUCAUGGAAAACAAAAAAGCAAGGAACAGUGUCUCGUUCUAGUGCAGAAGCGGAGUACAGAUCUAUGGCAACAACAUGCUGUGAGAUUACGUGGCUUCAAAGUUUAUUAAGAGAUUUGAAUGUUAAACAUGCACAUGCAGUUAAAUUGUUCUAUGAUAAUCAGGCUGCCAUUCAUAUAGCAUCAAAUCCCGUCUUUCACGAACGCACAAAGCAUAUUGAGAUAGAUUGCCAUGUUGUGCUGGAAAAAGUACAGAGGGGGCUAGUCAAAACCAUGCAUAUUCGAACAAAGGAACAACCAGUUGACUUGUUCACCAAGCCGCUGGGUUCGAAGCAAUUUUCAGCACUAUUGAGCAAGUUGGGUGUAAUUAACAUACACUCUAACUUGAGGGGGAGUAUUGAGGAAAGGAAUCUCAUAUGA